GAUCCACUGCCGAAAUCGCUCAAGCUCGGUCCAGGACUAGUGAUGUUGCACACGCCUGGGAAUCCUGUUACUGCUCAUCGGCCUGGAGUUUUGCAUUCUAAGAAGCAACAGCAUUGGGUUGAGACGGAGUCGCGAAGAUAUAUACCCGCUCCUCAAGAGAGCGUAAUCGGCGUAAUUGUUCACCGAAGUGCAGAAGCUUACCGUGUGGACCUUGGCUCUGCCCAUCUCGCAACACUCGACGCCCUCGCCUUCGAAGGCGCGACAAAACGAAACCGACCAGCACUGAAAGUGGGAAAUCUUGUGUAUGCACGCGUGAGCCUGGCCAAUAGAGAUAUGGACCCGGAGUUGGAGUGUUUUGAUGCGACUACGCGGAAGGCGGAUGGGUUUGGUGAACUCAAAGAUGGAUUUAUGGUGGAGUGCAGUCUGGGGACUUGUCGAAAACUUCUCGAUUCGACGCACUUCCUUUUACCCGCUUUGGCCCAGAAGUUCCCCUUCGAGGUGGCUGUUGGGGUGAAUGGAAGAGUAUGGGUUCGGGCAGGCUCAACAAAAGCGACAAUAGGAGUGUCGAGGGCUAUUCAAAUGCUUGACAAUCGAAGAACAAGUGAUGAAGAGGUAGCAUCUUACAUUCAGCAGAUGGACGUAUGACACGUUCCUCUUUGCUGAGUCGCACAUUUUCC